AUGCGCCAUGAUGCGGCCAUGGAUCUGGCUGCACUCAUGUCGACGAUGAAGGCCAUGAGUCGCUUGACCCUUCCCAAAGUCUUCGUUUCGGAGAUCAGAAAGGCCUCCUCCGUGACCUUGCUGACCUGCUGCGGACUUCGGCACUUCGCAGGCCCUGCAGGGAGCUCCUUGACCAGUGGGAGAACUGCAGGUCGUUUGGUGAUUGUGGGUGACGUCCAUGGCUGUAGUGCUGAGUUGGAGGACCUGCUGGAGGCUGCAGAUUUUCACAAAAGAUCGGACGAACUCAUCUUCGUGGGUGAUUUGAUCGGCAAAGGCCCUUCCCCGCGAGAAGUGGUGCGCAUUGCCAGGGAAUUCUCAGCCAAAGCUGUCCAAGGAAAUCAUGAAUACAAUCUCCUGCGUUGGCGACGGCGUGGUGCACCGCUUCCAGACCCAGAGAAGAAAAUCAAAGAGAGCUAUGCUGCAACCGUGAAAGACCUCGAGGAGGAUGACUGGCAGUGGUUGGAGGCGCUCCCACUGAUGUUGCAUUUGGAUCUUCCAAAAUCUCCAUUGCCAGUGGUGGUUGUGCAUGCUGGCCUUGUACCAGGUGUUCCUAUGGAUCAGCAAAAACCAUACGACUUGGUCCACUUGCGCAGUAUUGACGCCGAAGGCCACGGCUCGAAGCUCUUCGACGCUGGAGCUGGUGCUUGGGCCAAGAAUUGGCAAGGACCCACGCAGGUGAUCUUUGGACACGACGCUCGCAGAGGAUUGCAGAAAGAAGCCUUCGCUAUCGGCUUAGACACAGGUGCCGUUUAUGGAGACAAACUCACUGCCUUGCUGUUGCCCAAGAACUGGGACAAGCCGUUGACGAGCUUGGACAACAGUCACUUCCUUUCAGUAAAAUCGCACCGGGCGUAUGCCAGCAAGAGCGAUAGCAAGGCAUAG